AAUCGUUUUGUUUAGUCUUGUGUUGCGUCUUUGGUUUCUGCACUUGAUUCUUACACUUCCGCAAAGUUAUCAUGAGUUUCUUGAACUGGGUCCCUUUGUUCAUCGUUUUUCACAUCUUCGCUGCAUCUCCCCACUUCUCAUUAACUGAUUCCUCCAAACAACUCCCCACCAACUUUCUAGAUGCUGCCAAUAAGGCUGAGGUAUUUGAUUGGAUGGUCAGAAUCCGGAGGAAGAUUCAUGAGAAUCCAGAAUGGGGUUAUGAGGAAUUUGAGACAAGUAAACUCAUCAGAGCGGAAUUGGAUAAACUUGGUAUCCCCUAUAAACACCCUGUUGCAGUCACUGGUGUUAUUGGCUUCAUUGGGACAGGAAGACCACCUUUUGUUGCAAUAAGAGCUGACAUGGAUGCUCUCUCCAUGCAGGAAAUGGUGGAGUGGGAGCACAAGAGUAAAGUACCUGGAAAGAUGCACGCGUGUGGUCAUGAUGCUCAUGUGACCAUGCUUCUUGGUGCUGCAAAGAUUCUCAAGGAGCAUGAAAAAGAAAUACAAGGAACUGUAGUUCUUGUUUUCCAACCAGCAGAGGAAGGAGGUGGAGGGGCUAAGAAAAUUUUAGAUGCUGGAGCCUUAGAAAAUGUUACAGCUAUUUUUGGAUUGCAUGUAGCGCCUAACUUUCCAUUAGGUGAAGUGGCCUCUAGAUCUGGUCCAUUUUUGGCAGGAAGUGGUUUCUUUGAAGCAAUAAUUAGUGGAAAAGGAGGUCACGCUGCUAUUCCUCAACAUUCUAUAGACCCCAUUUUGGCAACUUCUAAUGUCAUUCUUAGCUUACAACACCUUGUUUCUCGCGAGGCUGAUCCUCUUGAUUCCCAGGUUGUGACUGUAGGAAAAUUACAAGGAGGUAAUGCAUUCAAUGUCAUUCCAGAUUCUGUCACAAUUGGUGGCACCUUCCGAGCUUUUUCAAAGCAAAGCUUUGAGCAAUUAAGACGGCGCAUUGAGCAGGUUGUGACAGCUCAAGCUGCUGUGCUGAGGUGCAAUGCAACUGUCAACUUCCUUGAAGAAGAAAAGCCUUUCUUUCCGGCAACCAUAAACAACGGUGACUUGCAUGAACAUUUUCGGACUGUUGCAGGAAAUUUGCUUGGCAUCAAUAAAGUUAAUGACAUGCAACCAUCGAUGGGAGCUGAAGACUUUUCAUUUUAUCAACAGGUUAUACCUGGCUACUUUUUCAUGCUUGGAAUGCAGAAUCCCUCACAUGAAAAACUGGAACAACUACACUCACCCUAUUUCAAGAUCAAUGAAGAUGUACUUCCUUAUGGAGCUGCACUUCAUGCCUCAUUAGCUGUUAGUUAUCUUCUCAAACAUCCGCAGGAUGUACGGUCUGCAGAGGGGAAAUAUCACGAUGAAUUGUAACAGCACUUUUUUUUUUGGGUAGAAAAACAGGAAUGUUAAUAAUCAUUAAAAUAAAAGCCAAUAUAUAUUGUUUCUUGUAGCAACGACAUGAUAUUUGCACUCUUUUACUUGGUGCAUUGAUUGAAUGGUUUGUGUUUAAAUUUUAA